AUGUUUUGCGGCGACGAAACUUCACAAAGUAGAGAUGAACAUGGUCAAAAUACCCGUUAUCACCAUCCUCGGCCCUGGCCUCGGCUUGCGCCGCUACCCCCGCGCCGACAAAUUAUAAAGCGAAACGGCUCGCACGGACCCUCUGCCUAUCUUAUCAGGGCUAUCCGUCGACACUCCGCACGAAAGAAUCCUGUAGUAGUUAGGAAAUGCAGCCUUGAACGUUGUAAAGAACUGUAUACUUCUAUACCGACACAGGGAGACUUAGCAACAGCUAUGGCACGCCUAGACAUCAGUGGCCUAGAUUGCGCAUUAUGGGUGCCGAAAGAUGUUUCGGUGAUGUAUAGUACAGAAGGGAUCGGAAGCGAGUCAUCGAUUCGGAACGUAGGAAUGGAGUCACGACACAGUCCCACACAGUAUGUGACUGCUCAAAGCUCACUAGUUACACUUUCAAUACUCUACAUGAAAACUCGGACAAUACGCGCAUCCGGACCAAGCCCCUUAAAGCCCGUAGGCUUAAGGAUACUGACAGGUCUCUCAUUGGCCCCCCCAGAAAGAAGGCCACAUUAA